AGCCAAGGUUGAGUACAUGAGAACAGUGCACACACACAUACACACGCAGCUCAAAGGAUUUAUUACCUUGGACAACUUGGAGGCAGCACUCAAAUAUCAGAAGAGGCCAGAGCACUUUGAAAGAAGCGAGAGCGGGGCACAGAGAACUGUAUACAGAGAAGCUUCUGAAUUCUUGAGCCAUUGGACUGCAUCAAGAUGAUGAAAAAAGCCAAGGUUUUAGAUCCAACUGCUGCCGGGCAAGGCGGACUGGAAAUCCUACCUCUCAAGAGACAAGGCAUCAAACGGAGAUCUAAGGUUCCCGGUGUUAUGAUUACACAGUACAUUGAGGAACUUCCUGAGGGGAUGACAACUCCAGACUUCACACGUAAACCCAUCGCCUUAACCAUUCAAGAAGGAAAACUAGCCGUUUUUAAAGCCAAAGUGACUGGAAACCCAGUACCCACUGUAACAUGGGGUAGAGCAAAAGGAGAAAUGAAAGAUCCCCAAAAGUUUCAGAACAAAUAUGACCCCACAACUAAUGAACACACUUUGGAGAUACCUAAAAUCACCAUUGAUGAAGCGGACACUUACAAAUGCUAUGCCUUAAACGAGUAUGGAAAAGCUGUUUGCACUGUUGUCCUAAAUGUAAUUGAAGUUGGAUUUAAAAAGGACAGAGAAUUGCAAAAGGCUGAAACAGCUCCAACAGGUGACCCAACAGAUUUAAGAAAGAUGCUCAGGAGAGGUGCUGGCAAAAAAGAGGACAAAAAGGAAGGUGACAUUGACGACUCUGUAUGGGAAUUGCUGCUGAGUGCUGACAAGAAAGACUAUGAGCGUAUUUGCAUUGAGUAUGGCAUCACUAAUUUCCGUGGCAUGCUGAAGAAACUGGUCGAGAUGAAGAGGGAAAGAGAAGAGGAGCAGGCAAAGUUCAUCCAGCAUAUCAGCAGCCUCAAGCCCAUUGAGGUGAAAUCUGAGGAUGCUGCAGCCUUUGAACUGGAAAUGGAGCUCAAAGACCCCAGCAGCCGUAUUUUUCUGUAUAAGGAUGGCGUCAUGAUUCCAUACAGCAAAGACGCUGAAAGCGAAUUGAAGCAUUGUCUGAAACAAGUUGGCAAGAAGUUCGUCUUUACUGUUUCAAGUCUCAAUCCAGAAGAUGCUGGAAUCUAUCAAGUGGAUGUUGAGGGUGUCAAUAUCUUUUCAACAGAUUUCAAGAUUCCCCCUGUGGACUUUGCCCUGAAGAUUAAGGAGGUGACGGCCGAAGAGAGAGAGGAUGCCAUGUUUGAGUGUGUUUUAAGUCAGCCUGUUAGUAGGAUUACCUGGACCCUAAAAAAUACACCUCUCUCUAACAACGAAAAAUAUGAGAUUACUUGUUCUGAAGAUAAACUGGUCCACCGUCUGAGAAUUAUUGAUUGUAUGCCUUUGGAUGCUGGAAUCUAUGCUGCUAUAGCUGGCAUUAAGUCUAGCAGUGCUUGGCUGAUUGUGGAAGCUGACAAAGAUCCUGCAACAAAGGGAAAGAAGAAAGCCCGUAAAACCACUAUGGCAGGUGGUGGUGGGGAAGAGUUGCUAAAGAUUGCUGCUGAGCAAGCAGAGCGGAACAAGAAGGAGAUAGCCGAAGCUUUGGAGGCUGCUAAGAAACUCCAGGCUGAAAGAGAGGCAGUGGAAGCUGAAGCUAAAGCCAGAGCUGCAGCUGAAGCUGAAGCGGCAAAGGCGGCAGCAAAAGCAGCAGCAGCUGCCGCAGCCACAGCUGCUGCUAAAGCUGCACAGGACGCACUGGCCGCAGCUAAAGCCAAAGGUAAAACUGAGGCUGAAGCUAAAGCCGAAGCAGAAGCGGCAGCGCGGGCUGCAGCAGCUAAAUCCAAAGCCAGUGCUGAGGAGGAGGCCAGGAAGCAGGCUGAACUCAAGGCCUUAAGUGAAGGUCUGAGUGCUGAGCAAGCUGCUGCGGCAGGGGCUGCGGCUGUUGCUGCGAUGAAUGCACAGGCAGCUGCUGCGGCAGCAAGUCUUGGGAAGGCUGGAGCUGCAGGUGGGGUUGGAGGUGAUGCUGCAGCAGCGUUAGGAGCAGUAUGGGCUACAGGAGCUACAGGGACUGGAGAAGCAGGUGGAGCUGGUGGAGCCGGUGGAGCUGAAGGAGCCGGUGGAGCUGGAGGAGCCGGUGCAGCUGGAGGAGCUGAUGGAGCUGGUGGAGCUGCAGGAGCUGGUGCAGCAGGAGGAGCUGAUGGAGCUGGGGGUGGAGGAGCUGAUGGAGCUGGAGGAGCCGGUGCUGCUGGUGGGGCCGGAGGAGCUGAUGGUUCUGGAGGAAGCGGUGGUGAGGGAGGAGAGGGGGGAGACAAAAAGCGUCAAAGAGCAGGACCUCUUGUACCAGAGACUGUCAUAGGAAACUCAAACACACCCAGCAGAGUUCCAGAUGUGAGCAUGGAGCAUUGUAAGCAGGAAGGGGAAGCUGAGGGCCGUAAUCGUGUAAGACAAGGCCCACUGAUACCAGACACAGUGACUGGUGGAGGUAAACCAUCAGAUAAAGAAAAACCAGCAGGGUCUGGCAAACCAUCAGGUUCCGGUAACCCAUCAGGUUCCGGUAACCAGUCAGGUUCAGGAAACCCGUCAGGUUCUGACAACCCUUCAGGUUCUUCCGGGAACCUGUCUGGGUCUGGUAGCGCUUCAGGUUCUGGGGACCCACCAGGCCCAGGGAAGCCACCAGGUCCCCAAGGCCCAUCAGAGGGCACCACUGAAGCUACAGAGGAAGAAAAAGAAGCUGAAGAUGAAAAGGACGAGUCAGCUAAAGCUGGCAAGCGUUCAGGCCGUAAAAAACAAGGCCCACAGGUUCUGGAGGCAGUUGUUGAUCCUGGUGUUCACUUUUCUGCUGGGCUGGAAGACUGCAAAGCCAUUGUUGGAGAGGCAGCUGAACUGGUCUGCAAGCUUAGCAGUGCUGACUGUGAUGGUGUCUGGUCCAAAGAUGGCGAUGAGAUUACUGCCUCCACUGAGGGUAUGACUAUCAGUAAAGAGGGAGCGGUUCACAAACUGAAAAUUGCUAAAGUAACAGAAGAAUUUUCUGGAAAAUAUCGAUUUGAAGCUGAUGGGCGUAAAACCGAAUGUGUGAUUGCUGUUGAAGAUCCGCCAAGAUUCAAUGCCAAGGAAUUUGAAGAAUUUGUAAAACCGAUUGUGGUCAAACACAAUCAUAAAGCCACCUUCAAAAUUCCAUUUAUUGGCCGUGAGCCAUUCAAAGUCCAGUGGUACAAAGAUGGUGAAGAGCUCACACCAGACACUCACUGCAAGAUUGAGAUUUCAGAGGCUGAAAGCCGUCUGCUUCUCAUCAAAUUACAGCGUAAAGACAGCGGGGAAAUAAAAAUCAAAGUCAAAAAUGAAUUUGGCACAGCGGAAGCCAUUUCUAAUCUAGUUGUACUUGAUAAACCUACGCCCCCACUUGGACCACUGGAGAUCGUUGAAGCAUCUGCCAACUGCAUUGAGAUCAAGUGGAGACCACCAAAAGACAAUGGUGGUUGCCCUAUUAAACAUUACAUACUUGAACGUAACCAAAUUGGACGCAACACGUGGAAAAAGAUAGGCCAGAUCCCAGGUGAAGCCCACUACAGAGACACCGACGUUGAUCAUGGCAGAAGAUACUGUUAUCGUAUCAGAGCCGAGACUGAUGAGGGCAUCAGUGAACAGAUGGAGACUGAGGAUGUGCAGGCUGGCACUAAAGCAUAUCCUGGGCAGCCAUCUGCUCCUAAAGUAGCAAGUGCCUUUAAAGACUGCAUUAACCUUACAUGGACUCCUCCGACCAACACUGGAGGCACCAGUAUUUUAGGUUAUAACUUAGAGAAACGUAAGAAGGGAAGCAACUUGUGGGGCCUAGUCAAUCAACCAGAUCAGCCAAUCCAAGCAAAGAAAUAUGCUGUAAAAGAUGUUGUUGAAGGAAUGGAGUACGAGUUCCGCGUGUCUGCCAUCAACAUAUCUGGAGCUGGUGAACCAAGUAAUCCCUCAGAAUUUGUGUUUGCGAGAGAUCCCAAAAAACCCCCUGGUAAGGUCGUUGACUUUAAAGUGACGGACUCCACCUACACUACCUUGUCACUGUCUUGGACUAAACCAAAAGAAGAGCCUGGUGUUCAGGAUGAGGCCAAGGGAUAUUUUGUUGAUGUCAGGCCUGCUGAGAACACAGAAUGGGAUCGAUGCAAUACAAAUGCCAUCAUCAUGACUUCCUACACUGUAAAGGGACUGAAAUCAAUGGCCAUGUAUUGGGUUAGAGUGAUUGCAGUCAAUGAAGGUGGAGAGGGUGAGUCGCAGGAGCUGGACAACUACAUCUUGGCUAUGCCUCCUCCAGUGAGACCGAGAUUUACAGAUUCUAAAAUCAAGAGCUUCAUGGUGGUCAGAGCUGGAAAUUCUGCACGAUUCAACAUCAACUUUGAGGCUUCCCCUUGGCCUGAUGUUAUCUGGCUUAAAGAUGGUAUCCCUGUGUCCAAACGUGUCACUAUAAGCAAUGCUGAGGGAGGCUCUCAGAUCCUGAUCCCAUCUGCAGAACGCUCUGAUACAGGAAUCUAUACCAUCAUAGUGAAGAACAUUGUGGGACAAGAGACCUUCAGUAUUGAGAUUAGAGUUACAGACGAGCCAAAGCCCCCAGGCCCCGCAGAGUUGGAUGAGAAUGUUCCGGGCACGGUGACAGUUUCCUGGGAACCAUCCCCAGACGAGAAACGCGAUGAUCGCCUGCAUUAUAUGGUGACCAAGAGAGACUCCAGCAAGAGGACCUGGCACACUGUAGCAGACCGUAUCUUCAACAACCGUUUCACAGCCUGUAACAUCAUGCCAGGGAGAGAAUACCAGUUCCGUGUGUACUCCAAAAAUGACAUUGGCUUGUCUGCCCCUUCGGAGUCACCAAAAUGGCUUAUCACAUGCAAGAAAGAAAAAUUCACUCUGAACAUCCCAGAGUCCAAGACCUGCAACUUGGACAGUGCUCCAAGGUUUAUGGUCCCCCUGAAAAUCCACACAGCCCCGCAAGGCUACGAGUGCUACAUGAGCUGUGCCGUGAGGGGCAACCCCGCACCCCACGUCACCUGGUACCGCAACAACGUCAGCCUCAACACUGACACCAACUACUACAUCACUAACACCUGUGGAGUGUGCUCCAUGCUCAUUCUCAGAGUUGGAGCCAAAGACAUGGGAGAGUAUAAAGUCAUAGCUGAGAGCCAGCUGGGCAGAGCAGAGUGCACCACCAAUCUCACAGUGAGAGAAUAAAACCUCGACGUGGAGAGGAUGGCCCUUUGUAGAGCUCCAGUAUUUUUGCAGAAAGAUGGCUCUUGAAAAUGCUACACACUGUGUGGUCUUAUGAGACAAAAUGCAUGUGAAAAACUACAUAUCGUCUUACUGUGUGUAAUAGCACAAAAACCUGAAAACAUACAGAAAAAUAUCUGUGUUGUGCCGCUUGGGUGGCUGAUGCUUAAUACACCAGGCUUACCUAAUCCUGUUUGGCAAUGAUUUUACUUCAGCUUAGUUCAGGUUUGGGGGGUUUUAUUGUUCUUGUACGCUAUUUAAUUUAUUAAUUUAUUUAUUCUUGGCUUUUGUGUACGUAGGCUGCUCUUUCACACUUUCACAAAUUCAAUUACACUACAGUACCGUAAAAAAAAAAAAAAAUGUGUAAAGUGCUGAUUUCUUGCAUUCAUUUUUUUCUUUUUGCUUGUCUGGAAAUGCUAAAAAGUAAAAGGAGCUUUUGCUUCUUCGGAUAUGCUUUAUCAACAAAAAUGGUUUGGUGUAAAUAAAUAAAAUAUUCAGGUUCUUUGAACAGUG